ACCAGGACCAGAUGCUGGUACGUCCAGCAGUGAACCCUCUAGCCGCCAACUGGAGGAACGCGUUGAUCACGUAGUGGCGAUGCUCGGCGACAUCAGUGCUUUCGCUGCACCUACCACCAUCAGCAGUCAGUUGCACACCUUGAAGACCGAGGUCCAGCAGCUGCAGUCGACGAAYUCGGAGGGCAAUCCUAAGUUGUACAAGAUGCCAACCUUCCAACUCGAGAAGUUCGACGACUACACGCAUCAGGAUCCGGUCCUCUGGUGGGAAGCAUUCACGACGCAGCUUCGGAUCCUGCCAGUCGCCAAGCACGCAUACAUCGGUGCCCCUUUCCUUAACUCAAAGGGCGCAUGCCAGACUUGGUUGACCCAUCUGGCAGCCACUCACGGCGUCGACGUGGUAGAUCUUCGAGACAAGAUCACAUGGGAGGAGUUGACACGGUUGUGGAAGAAGAGGUUCAUCGUCGACGACGCGCCUGCUCUCGCCAUCAACCGCCUCUUCACCAUGACCCAAGGCAACACGGCAACACGAGACUGGCUCACGGAAUGGCAAAAGAUCGCGGCAACGCCGGAUCUGGACUUGCCAUUUACGCAUCUGCGCCGAGAGUUCUACAAUAGGUCAUGUGCUGCACUGAGCCAGGCAUUUGGUGAUCGCGAGCAGUACUCAACCUUCGCUUAGAUCAUCGACAAAGCGAUGGAGAUCAUCAAGACUAAUAGGGCGGCUGCACACGA